AUGCAAUACAUGUCAAUUCGAGUGCACUUCCUGCUUUAUAAUAACGUUCGGAUACUUCCCUUUUUGAUUCAUCCACUAUCGAUAUUUCCGGAGCUGAAAAAUUUAUUAAAAAUGACUUUAACAAAGAAAAUGUUAUCCUUAUUACGGCAGCUUCUGAAGCUGUACAUCAAACUUAAUACCUAUUACUGUCAUUUCAAAUGCCCUUAUUAAAAAGACUUUUCAAAGAUGAAAACAAAAAACUACGUCUAUCAGGACUCCUUCUUGGAAUUUAUUAUGAUAGUUACAUUACAGUUCGCUAAAAUCUUUCUAAAAUAAUUUUAUCUGACGGAGUUAGUGUACAGCACAUCACAAUAGAAUCUUUGAUGUUUUAAUGGUACAAUAGUUGUGAAAAGACAUAAUUUAUUAAAUUAUGUAGUAGAAUAUAUAACUAGAACGCUUAGUUCACUACUUUUAGAUCUGGAACUGGAAUUUGUAGCGCUACAAAGAGUUUUCAGGAUUUUCUAUUACAAUUACAAAUCUAAAAUUUUGUCCAAAUUUCUAUUACGUUAAAAUUACACGCUAACUUGCACUUGCAGUUGUAACAAUUUUGCAAAAUCUAACACAAAAGAAUGAUUUCGUUCUGUUUUGGUGUUUUUUUCUGUGGUACACUGAUGGUAAGAUUUUGAGAUACGUCCUGGAACGUCGGCGGUCCCAUAUAUCAAACUAAAAGACGCAUUACAAGGAAACAGCUGUGAAUGAUGUAUGAAUACAUUCACUAGCACUUAGUACUAAUUGAAGGUAAUAAAGGAAAACCGCCUUUGUAUCCGUGGCUUAACGAGGAAGCUUAAAAAUUUAUAUUGUUUACCUUUACCACAUUUCCUUCGGCAAUAAUGACCAUCCUAACUGCUAUAGAGUUAGGUAUCUAUUAAAAUCUUAAAUCUCUGUAGAAAUUAAAUAGAGUGUGUCUAAAGCCCUUUGCUCUGCUCGAAUAAAAUUAAAUCAAUGACAACUCUUCGACAAAUAUGUCGGAAUGUGAAUUCUUACUGGAUUCCUAUUCUGAGAAAAUGCUUCUGAAAAUCUAUAUUACACGAGAUGCCAGCUUCACGUCUUUAUCUAACUGCCGUUGGUUAAACCUUCACAAUAUUUAAAAUACAUUGUCAUUUAUCAUUGUGGGACAAAUUGAGACGUGAAAUAAUAACAAGAAAAUAUGAACAUUUACAACACUAAUUCAGUUUUUUCAGGGAAAUUAAAUUUAUCUUAAAAAUAUUGAAUACAUAUACCUAAUAAUGAUUGUAAUACCUAGGUACUUAGGUAUUUUCUUGUCUUAUGCCUACAAAUUUCAUUUAUGUUUUAAAAAGUGCAUUAUUUUUAUUAGUAAUAAAUAAUUAUUUUACGAAUAUAAUAGUAAUCAGAUAGUUGAUUACAUUAAAAAUUAAUAGUCUGUUUUACUGUGUUAUUAAACAUUGGUAUUACCUAUUAAAUAAGCGGGGCCUAACUGGCUUUCUAAGAACAUACAUGUACACACGUAUAAAUACGCACACGCACAUCUUUGUGUUUCGCUAUGGAAUAUUGAUGUACUUACAUUAUGCUUUUUUACUUCUUUUCUUGGUAAAUGUCGAAUUCCAGUGCAUUUUCCAAGUAUUUAUCGACAUGUUUUACUUACGGGGGCAAAAGCUGGGCUAUUUCGUCAGUAGCACAUUUGAAUUCGGCGGUUAACAUUGUUGUUGGGCUCGUUUGUUUUUUAGCGCCAUAUUGGCUUGUUGUUUAGGGAAGAAGAGCUGUUUGUAGUUUAAAAAAGUUCGUUAAAGCUGUGCCACGUAAUUGUGUAAUAAGAGGACAAGAUGGAACCGGAAAAUUCAGACAGCAGCAAAUCAAAUUCCGAAGAGAAUUGUAUCGUUAUUUCUUCUGAUUCGGAACAAGAAUUUGUCAUGCCCGAACUGAUUGAGAUUGAGAGUUUAUCUCCACCUCGCCCAGAACCGCGUAACAUCAACGAUUAUGAGAGAACAGCAGGACUGUUUGGGUCUCAGAUGCUGUAUAAAACGAUAAGUCCGUACGAUAAUCCGCAGCCUUCUACAAGUGGUAACACAUCCACUUUCGCGUCAACAAAUUUUCCUGGGUCUGAUUUUUCUGAACAAAUUGUUACAGCUGGCAGAAGAAAUCGAUUGAUUCCUCCCAGCCAACAGUUGGUGUUUGGCUUCCCUACCACCACCGGAACACCCAGCGAUAACAUCAGGCAAUUCCAAUGGGCAAAUUUUGAUUGUAACUACCCCAUGUACAUGCCUGAACAUGAAGUAUCAGAUUUACAUUUUUGCGAACAGGGUAAUGAUAAUUCUGACAGUCGAAAUGAUUCUGAUUCCGAUCUACACUAUCGGCGUCCAGUAGACACUGACCCUCCUAGUAGCGAAAUCGACAACGAUCCCAAUAAUAUUGAAAAUUAUGGUGGCACACUUCGGUAUCCAAUCCCUAAAUUCCGAAGUGGCACUGUUUACCGCUAUGCCCCUGUUAUCGAUACGUUGCUCAAAAACGAUCCCGAUUAUAACUUUGAUGAACCCUAUUUCGAAAACCAAAGUUCACCAUUACAAUUUCCCAAUACAGAAGAGGGGAACAAUAAUGCAAUCGAAUCUGAAAUUGUGGAGGAACCAAUCGAUUCUGACUCAUCGGGUAACAAUUUCACACCGCAAACCGCUAAUGUCGAAUCAGGUAACGGCAUUCCUGAUAACAUAGAUGAGCCUUCAGAAUCACCUAUUCCUGAUAAUAUAGGUGAAGAUUCUGAAGCUGAAAGUGAGAGUCCACCACGAAGGAGGCAUUCCAAUUUAGAUCUCACUAUUUACGCGAUUACUCGACAAAUAUCAAUUCAACAUGUUCAUGUGAUAAAUAUCAAUCAGCCAUCACGCAAUGACGCUAGAGAUUCUUCUUCCUCAGACGAAGAGCAUUUUACCCCCCCACCACCUAAUUCAGAAUCGGGUGAUGCUGUAGCUCCUGUAAACGGUGUUGAUUCUCAGAGACCGCAGUCUCGUAACUCCGGUGGCGGUAACUCUAGAAGACAACGCCAAAAUUCUUUGUUGGGUAACGUAGUAACUGAUGGUUCAGAUACUACAAGUAACUAUUCUGCCUCGGAACCUCCUAAUUCUCAGUCGGGUGACGAAUCUGUCGCCUCUGAAACCGAAAUCGCAUCUUGGAGUAAUAAUUCGGUGCAGGGUAAAAAAUUAUCUGUUUUAUCGUUACUCGUACGGUCUGUACUGAAAUUAAUUAAAUUCUUCGUAGGUAACAAUAACGAGGAUUCUCGUUCACCAAGCGAAAGAUCGCUGCGUCAGUCUUCUGACGAACAAUCGGGUAAUGAGUCUGGUAUAGAAUCUUCUAAUAAUAAUCUAUCGUUUUCCCAGUUCGAAAAGGGUGUGCAUACUCCUUAUUCACCAGACGAUCCUAUGGUUCCAUCACAAUCCUCUAAUUCGGAUUCUGGUGGCAACUCCACAAGCUCGUUAACGGUUGAUGAAAGCGCAUCCUCCAGCGGCAACUCGAGACCUCGAUCUUCUAAUUUGCAAGCGGACCUUUACCCAAGACAAUUCCUUGCUGGGCCAAGUCAGCCUGUUGCAGGACCAAGUCGCCCAAGACAACGUCAACUGCGUUCUACAUCCAAAGGAACAAAUUCUGCUAGGAACACUGCUGCAGAAACCAACAAGGAAAAUGAUACCGCAAAAGUUCCUCCGAAAAAGAAACGUAGAACUGAAUAGGAAGGUCUACAAGCCUACAUUUUCAUUGAUUUUUUUAAAAUUGUUCUUAAAUUUAAUGAUUUAAUUACUCUAAGAUUUACGUUUUUAUAGUUGUCCUAAUUAAAAUUAUAGUAGUUACUCAGUUACUCAUGUAUAACUAAGAUUAAUUGUAUCAGUUACUCGCUGUAAUUCUUUGAAAAUAUGUUCGUUAAGGUCAAAUAGUUACCGUACAUGUGAUAAUAGUCAAUUUGAAACCUCUUUGUGAUAAUAAUUACUUACUCCGUAACUCAUAUCUUCAAAAUUAGAUUAAUUUUAUCAGUUACUCGCUGUAAUUCUUUAAAAAUAUGUUCGUUAAGGUCAAACAGUUACCAUACAUGUGAUAAAUAGUCAAUUUGAAACAUCUUUGUGAUAAUAAUUACUUACUCCGUAACUCAUAUCUUGAAGAUUAGAUUAAUUUUAUCACUUACUCACUGUAAUUCUUUAAAAAUAUGUUCGUUAAGGUCAAACAAUUACCAUACAUGUGAUAAUAGUCAAUUUGAAACAUCUUUGUGAUAAUAAUUACUUACUCCGUAACUCAUAUCUUCAAGAUUAGAUUAAUUUUAUCACUUACUCACUGUAAUUCUUUAAAAAUAUGUUCGUUAAGGUCAAACAAUUACCAUACAUGUGAUAAUAGUCAAUUUGAAACAUCUUUGUGAUAAUAAUUACUUACUCCGUAACU